AUGCCGAUCCUGUACGGAGAGGGUAUGAAGGCGUUCAUACGACUGCAGGAGGAGAUCAUGAAAACUGCUUUUGAUCACACCUUGUUCGUAUGGAAUAUCCCCAAUGAUUAUCCAAAUGGUCUUUUGGCAUCAUCUCCGGAGCGAUUCCGAUUCUGCGGCAAUCUCACUUGUAUCGACUAUGACGAGUACGCAGUGCUUUUCGCCAACCGAGAUCCUCAGCCAGAGUAUGCUUUGACGAAUUUUGGCACUCGGAUUCAGCUCCCUAUCGUGAGAUCUUCAUACUUUCCUUGUUACGUCGCAUAUCUUGCUUGUAGGAAUAAAUCACUCUCUUCUCCAAUCGAAAUAGUUUUGAAAGGAAAACCUGGCGCGGCCAUAGACACUUUCGAGAGAGUGGCACAUCCAUCGAUUGUUUUCGACGCAAUUUCACAAAUCAAGUCCUCUUCGAAAGCCCGCGCCACUGUUAUAUACAUUAAAUUAGCUCAAAAUCGCGUACCACAAAGGUUCAGAAGGCUACCUCUUUCUACUCUCACUUUUCAUGUUGGCAAUGAUUUCGACUUUGCUCCAGACACACUUUUGGUAGAAGCCGAAACUCGUUAUUUAUAUGGUGCUAGUAUAAAAAGCACAGAAGACUUCGUCUUCUCGGUAUCAUUCCCACACCGACAGGCUAAGCCUUAUGUUGUGUUGUCAUUAGGUUCCGUUAGAAUACCUAUGUACGACCGUGUUGGUAACGAACUCGCCCAAGAGCCCACCAGCUUUGUUUAUGUGGCACUCGCACACUUCGGAAAUCGUAUUUGGGCAGAUAUGAUACACUCGGAAGAUCCACUGGAAGAGAUCUACAACAACUUCCGCGAAUCAUCUUCGACACUCACCGAAAAUCAUUCUCUUUCUUGCGCUUCGUUUUAUCGUUGGACGUUUUACGUUCACGGGUUUCAUCCAGAGGUUAUGGUAUCAAUUGAGAAUGUUCUCGAGUUCGUCAACACUUUUGACGAGCCAUCAACCGAAAAAUACCAUGCCACAAUAAGUUUCAAUUGGUUCAUUGCGGUAGUCUGGAAUUGCCACUAG